AUGCCGAGUCCUUCGAUACCACGUUCUAAAUCUGCUCCUAGAAUUUCAACAACUCCUCUCUCUCCCUCUCACUCAGAUGUAACUUCUCGAUGGACAUCAACGUCCGAAAACUCAUCUAGAACAUGGCCAAAGAAAGUUGGUAACUUCAUUGCAAGAAAGACUGGCUCAUCGUCUUCAUCAAAGAAAUCAAUCCUAACUGAAGAGAGCCUCAAGGAAUUCAACAGACUAAAUGAAAUUCUAGAACAGAAAAGGCACUUCAGCAGUAGUCCUUACUACAAGGGGCUGACUUACUCAUCCCUUGUUAUUAGUAGACAGAGACCUUCACUGCCAAGUCCUGAUACAGAGAGCAAUGCCGGAAGUUUUAUGAGCUCAAGCUCUAAAACCAGCUUUGUAUAUAAAAUGCAAGAAUGGGGAAGUUCCUGCUUUACAUCCAAGGACAAAGAAGCAAACAUUUCUCAGCCCAAAUCAAGUUCCUCUAAUAGUAAAAACUCCAGAGACACUAUCACCCCUAUCCGAUCUCUAUCAUCCUCUACAUUGUCCAAACAAGGUUCAACACCCGCAACAACAAAUACAAGAUAUAGAUGUACCAAAACUGCAAAAGAGCUGGGCUCUGAAAGUGAAAAACUUGGCAGCAUUAGCACAAAAAUUACCAGCACCACCAGUACUGAUGCUGCUAUUGCUAUAUUGAACAAAGGGAAGCCAUUGAGGGAGAGAGUAUUAGUACCACCAUCACCACCACCAACACCGCCUCAUCCAGGACCACAAAUCAUACCACCAGCACCAGCACCAACACAAAUUCUACAACCACAACCAACACUUCAACCACCACAGACAUCAUCCCGACCAACAAUAACACCAUCUCAAACUUCACCAACUGAAAAGAUAGUCCAGGAGAAAGAGACGAACAAGCCAGAGAAUGAAAGAAAAUUUAUGUGGGCUGACAAGUAUCGACCAUUUGCCCUGAAGGAUUUCAUAUCCAAUCAUAGUAAAGCACUAGAGCUGCAAGCUACAGUCAAGUCAGAAAAUUGUAGUCAUUUCAUAUUUGAAGGACAGCCAGGGGUUGGAAAGAGAACGAUGAUUUGGGCUUUCCUCCGUGAAGCUUUUGGAGAAGAUAGAGUAGAGGCUAGAGAGGAAAGCAGGAAGUUCGUUCUGAAGGUCAGUUCUAGUUCCCAUCCCUAA